UAUAAAGCCAGACAGCAGGCAGCUCAGAAACACCUACCUCCAAUCCAAUUCUUAUUUUUUCCGGCAUUCUUGAUCAUAUCCACCUUCCUUUUUGAUGUGUUGUAGGCUAUCAGCUAAUUAAGCUUUCAAGAAAGAGGAAGCAGAAAAAGUAGACAUGGCUAGGGGACAGCAACUGGAAGUGCUUAAUGCACUUGAUGUUGCCAAGACACAGCUUUACCAUUUCACAGCAAUUGUAGUUGCUGGAAUGGGCUUCUUCACUGAUGCAUAUGAUCUCUUCAGUAUUUCCUUGUGUACUAAGCUGCUGGGACGCAUUUACUACUUCCACCCAGACUCCAAAAAGCCCGGAAGUUUACCUCCCGGCGCCUCAUCAGCUGUCACUGGUGUUGCCUUGGUCGGUACCUUGGUUGGCCAACUAUUCUUUGGUUGGCUUGGUGACAAAAUGGGCCGGAAAAAGGUUUAUGGUAUAACCUUAGUUCUUAUGGUUGUCUCUUCCCUUGCCUCAGGGCUUUCCUUUGGCAACAGACCGCAGGGUGUGAUUGCCACACUUUGCUUCUUCAGGUUUUGGCUUGGCUUUGGGAUUGGAGGAGAUUAUCCACUUUCAGCAACAAUUAUGUCUGAAUAUGCCAACAAGAGGACUCGCGGUUCAUUCAUUUCUGCAGUUUUUGCUAUGCAGGGAUUCGGAAUAUUAACUAGUGGAAUUGUGGCUAUUAUAGUCUCAGCUUCUUUCAAUCAUGCAUAUCCUGCACCAACUUAUGAAGAAGAUAAAGCAGCAUCAACAAUAUCACAAGCUGACUAUAUGUGGCGCAUUAUUUUGAUGUUUGGAGCUGUACCAGCUGGUCUUACCUACUACUGGCGAAUGAAGAUGCCUGAAACUGCUCGUUACACGGCCCUUGUAGCCAGGAAUGCUCAGAAGGCAGCUAAAGAUAUGGCUAGGGUGUUAAAUGUUGAACUUGACCCUGAAGUGGAAAAAGUGGAGAAACUCACUGAGAGAUCAUCCAACAGCUAUGGAUUGUUUUCUAGACAAUUUCUUCGUCGUCAUGGCCUUCAUUUAUUGGGAACUACUUCAACAUGGUUUUUACUUGAUAUUGCAUUUUACAGCCAAAAUCUUUUCCAGAAGGAUGUUUUGAGUGGAAUUGGAUGGAUCCCACCAGCUGCAACAAUGAGUGCAGGGGAGGAGCUCUUCAAAAUUGCCAGGGCACAAACUCUGAUUGCUCUAUGCAGUACUGUCCCAGGAUAUUGGUUUACGGUGGCUCUUAUCGACGUCAUAGGAAGAUUUGCAAUUCAACUGAUGGGCUUCUUCUUCAUGACUGUUUUCAUGUUUGCUUUAGCAAUUCCAUACAAUCACUGGACUAAGAAGGCUCACCGUAUUGGCUUUGUGGUUAUAUACUCGUUGACAUUCUUCUUCUCAAACUUUGGGCCUAAUGCUACCACAUUUGUUGUGCCGGCUGAAAUCUUCCCAGCUAGACUGAGGUCGACGUGCCAUGGCAUAUCUGCAGCUGCAGGAAAGGCAGGAGCAAUAGUUGGGGCAUUCGGAUUCUUGUAUGCUUCCCAAAGCAAAGAUCCAAACAAAACUGAUCCUGGCUACCCAACAGGUAUUGGUAUGAAGAAUUCACUAAUUGUUCUUGCCUGCGUUAAUGCACUGGGGAUGCUCUUCACUUUCUUAGUGCCAGAACCUAAAGGAAAAUCACUCGAGGAGUUGUCAGGUGAAAAUGAGGAUGAGAAUAAUGAUGAGGACGCCAAGACUACUUCAAACAGGACUGCUCCUGUUUAAUCCUGGUGAAUAUUCAAAUUUGAGUGAAAGAAGUUAAAAGAUUACGCUUUAGAGGGUUUAGCGACAUACUUCUUUUUUUUUUUUUCUUCUCAUUUUAAAUAUGUAGAUAUUGUUCGAACUCAUUAAAGCCCCUCUUUGUCUGAGUGUUAAAAGUGACUUCCGUGUUUAAUGUCAAAGUGCCUCGUCUUUAUCUUUGUAUAAGGAAGCAAUAUGAUCGAACAAUGUCAAGUACACUGGAAAGUUUCCUCUAUGAAGACAAGAAAAAGUUGUACUUAUUAGUUUCUUCUCACAUUUUGAUGGUAUGACAUGUGAAUUUUGAUGUGAAAA